AAUACCUCACUUUACGGAAGCCAUAUUCAACCUGUAACAGUUGUGAAUGACAUUCCCACUUAAAUAUUUUCUAUUUCACAAUCAUGAAUGAGAAAUUACUGCAGUUACGACGAGUUCAGCACUAGCUCACGUGGCUCAUCUUAGAAAAUGUCGGAAAAGACCAAUCUUCAGGACGGUGAUGGCAGAGUCAGUAGGGUGAUCCGUGUUGGCACCAGAAAAAGCCAGCUGGCUCGGAUUCAGACAGACAGUGUUGUAGAGAAACUCAAGGAGUUGCACCCUGAUGUUAAUUUUGAAAUAGUGGCUAUGUCAACAACGGGAGAUAAAAUACUUGACACAGCUUUAUCCAAAAUCGGUGAAAAGAGUCUCUUCACAAAAGAAUUGGAGAAUGCUUUGGAAAAGAAUGAGGUAGACCUGGUCGUGCACUCUUUGAAAGACUUGCCUACUGUUCUUCCUGUGGGCUUCACUAUAGGAGCUGUGCUGAAACGAGAAAACCCCCAUGAUGCUGUUGUCUUGCACCCCAAAAAUAAAGGCAAACGUCUCGACUCUCUAGCCAACAAAAGUGUUAUAGGUACCAGUUCUCUUCGCCGUGCUGCACAGCUGAAGAAAAGAUUUCCCCACCUGGAGUUCAAAGACAUUAGAGGUAAUCUCAACACCCGUCUGAAGAAGCUGGAUGAAAAGGAUGACUUUUCUGCCAUCAUCUUAGCAGCAGCUGGUCUUCGGAGAAUGGGCUGGGAGAACCGCAUUAGCCAGAUCCUUGGGCCUGAGGACUGCAUGUAUGCAGUUGGACAGGGUGCUCUGGCAGUCGAGGUGAGAGCUCGAGACCGGGACAUACUGGAAAUGGUGUCAGUAUUAAAUGACUCGGACACUGUGUUGAGCUGCAUCGCGGAGAGAGCGUUCCUCAGACACCUGGAAGGGGGGUGCAGUGUUCCAGUUGCUGUUUACACUGAAGUUAAGAAUUCACAGGUCUACCUGACUGGAGCGGUGUACAGUCUUGAUGGCUCAGAGAGUCUGAAGGAGACAAUGCAGACAAGCAUCAGCUCAGACAAUCAGACUGAGGAGCAGGAGAAGGUUGAUGAGAAGGUCCAGCGUGUGGGUAUUACUGCUUUAAAGGUGUCAGAAGCAGCCCAGGAUGCCGCAGUGAAGUUAGGAGUGGACCUUGGAAAUCUGCUGCUCAGCAAAGGUGCCAAAGAGAUACUCACUGUAGCCAGACAGCUUAAUGACGCACGAUAGCUAUAUAAUACUCCAAAUCUGUAACUGAAGAGCAACCACCCUCUUUUCCAGAAGUAUUUUAUUAAAAUUUCAAAGUGUUUAUGUGUCAUCCUAGAUAGAUGACCUUUAUAUUUUGUGUGUAAUUAAGAUAUUAGAUUUUUUCACAGAAAAAAAAGCAACUUUGUAUUGUAUUUACAGGAUUUUUAGCGAGGGUCAAUUUACAGUUACUACUUCAAAACAGACUUGGAUGAUGCAUAAAAAUAAUGCCAAAAUAAUGACUCUGCUAUUCACCAUUCACCGCAUUACAGAGAGAUAAUAGGCAGAAAUUAUAUCUGCUCCCAUAUUAAGCCAUGAAUACACAAUCAUGCCUUUUAAGAUGGUGUGUGUUGUAUAGACACAUGCUUAUUUGAAACUUGAAUUAUUCUAGGAUGUACAUUUUUGAAAGCUGCUUGAGGUAUCAUCUACAUUUUACCUUCACUGACUGUGAAGCUACACAACGUAAUAACCUGUAUAGCACUACAUAAUUUUUUGUAUGGAUGGGCCAGCUGAUUUUUGAUAGUAUUUAGUGUUUUUUUUUGUUUUGUUUUUUUCCAUUAAUUUCCAUAUAUUUUAUGCCUUAAAUGUUUUUAUUGAAACCUUUAAAUUGUUUAUCAGAUCUAACAUCAGUGCCUGGAAAUUCAAAAUAUCGCCUUUGCAAAUUUCUUUGUGUAUUAGCGCAUGGUCUGAUAACUGAAUGGAGUUUGUAUGCACUGCCUCAUCCUUUUCAUUUAUUCCACUCAAAUAUGAAUUUGUUACUUUAUUUAUUUGGCUAAAUGUCUUUGCUGGACAUCCUCUUGUUCUUGGAUUUGUAUGAUGAUGUAUGACGAAACUAAGCCAGUAUUCAUUCGCUAUGAUAUUCUAAAACACUGAUUUAUAUUUUUUUAUGGUUAAGAGCCAGCUUAACCGAUAUCAACUUGAUUUAAUGUGAGCAUAUGCAAGAUUUUUAGAAUGUACUGAAGAGUUUUUCAUUUUAGCAUAGUUUUAUGGCAUUUUCUGAGUCAGUGGUAUACUGGUAAACUGAACUCUGAAUAACUUGAUAGCAUUGUUUGUCAUGACUUUGAAAGUGGGCAUCUGCAUUUACAUGAAACAGCGCAUUUUAAAUGUUUGGUGGUUUUAACAGCAGAGUUGGUUUUACUUACUGUAUUUGCCAGUCCUAAAUAAAUCAAUCAAUAAAAAUGCAA